AGAAGAAGAAGAAGAAGAAGAAGAAGAAGUCGCGUGUGUCGCGUUGCAUUAACCGGCAGCGCUUCCUAAUCUUUGAUUUGAGCUCGAGGCGAAGCGCAGGUGGCUUCAUUCAGGAAACGAAGUUCAGAUAAUGUCAGAAAGCCCGAUAGUUUCGGGUUGACUCGUCCUAUCCAAGGGCCAAGCGACAAUGUUGCGCUUCUGCACUCUUCCCGCCGCUUGGUCAGUUGUCCAGCAAGAAUUACAAUAGAAGUGGGACGUUUAUCCGCAAGCUGCCGAGAUCUUUAUUUUCCACCCCCCCAACCAGGACUUGGGUGCGAGCUGCCAAAUGCUGGCAAUUGGUCUUGCAUGCAACAUCAUGCACGGACGGCGUUUUUGCAGCUAGAAGCCAGUUGCAGGAUUAUUUUCUUUCUUCCCCCCCCCCCUCAGCUAUAGCCUACGUGCCAAAACAAACCAGAAUGUUGACGAACCAGAACCAACCUGCAUUCCUGAACCACCAGCAGCAGCAGUCACCAAAUCUGAACAUCACUCCUCUCUCCCUCUUCUGCGUGAAACCCCACAGCCUUCUUCAAAUAAAGAAAUGUGCCAUCACCGACGAUUACAAUGUCACAAGUCAGGUCCUUGGCAUGGGCAUAAAUGGCAAGGUGCUGGAAAUAUUCCAAAAAGAAAGUGGAGAGAAAUAUGCGCUGAAGAUGCUGCAGGACUGCCCGAAGGCCAGGCAAGAGGUGGAGCUCCACUGGAGGGCGUCCCCCUGCUCCCACAUCGUACGCAUCGUAGAUGUUUAUGAGAACCUUUACCAGGGCAGGAAGUGCCUCCUUAUUGUUAUGGAGUGCAUGGAUGGAGGGGAACUAUUCACUCACAUUCAAGACAGAGGGAAUCACGCAUUUACGGAGAGAGGUGAAGAGAUGUAUAAUCCGGUCUACCGUCAUCCGUCAUCCUGUGCUGAUUGUACCAUUCUCCAGUUUUCCCCCCCUUUCGUAACCAUCCUCAUUCCUUGCCACUCCCUUUUUGAUUUAGAGGCUUCUGACAUCAUGAAAAGUAUCGGAGAAGCCAUAAAUUCACUGCAUGACAUCAACAUCGCUCACAGGGACAUCAAGCCAGAGAACCUCCUGUAUACCUCCAAAAUGCCAGACGCCCUCCUCAAGCUAACUGAUUUUGGAUUUGCCAAAGAAAUCACCACACUCAACUCUCUGGCAACACCGUGCUACACUCCUUACUAUGUCGCUCCAGAGGUCCUUGGUCCGGAGAAGUACGACAAAUCCUGUGAUAUGUGGUCUCUGGGCGUCAUCAUGUAUAUUUUGCUUUGUGGAUAUCCUCCAUUUUACUCCAACCAUGGCCUGGCAAUAUCCCCAGGAAUGAAGAGACGGAUACGCAAUGGGCAGUAUGAGUUUCCAAACCCAGAGUGGUCCGACGUAUCUGAGGAAGCCAAGCAGCUGAUACGUGAACUACUAAAGACUGAGCCCACCAAGAGAAUGAGCAUCACAGAGUUUAUGAACCAUCCCUGGAUAAACCAGUCAAUGGAGGUACCACAAACGCCGCUCCAUACCAGCCGUGUGCUCCAGGAGGAGAAAGAUAUCUGGGAAGAGGUCAAAGAGGAAAUGACAAGUGCACUGGCAACGAUGAGAGUGGACUAUGAGCAAAUCAAAAUCAAAACCAUUGAAGACUCGAGUAACCCCUUACUCUUGAAGAGAAGAAACAAAGCGAAAAAUGCCACAGUACAAACCCCAAGCCUGUGACAGGACACCUUAGGGCAAUCUUACUCACACAGUCUCUUUUGAAAACCUGGAUCUGGAUCUCUGUAGCGCUUUUCUCCUCUUUUUCUCUCUCUUAGCACAUGCAUUUGAAAUCAAGCAAAAAGAGUCACCCAAGACUUGCGUCCAAAAAAGCUUUCAGGAAACUAUGAAUUGUGAAGUGGUUCAAAAGUAAUAUUGCCAAUUUGAUGUUUUGUUUUGUGUGUGUGUGUGUGUUUUUGUUUUUGAAAAUGUGUUUUCAGUCAUUUUUAUUUACUUUUGGCUACCUUAUAUUUUGGGGGAACUGUAUUUUUGGCCAUUAAGUAUAAGUUGGUAGUUAGAUGUGAAGAUUUUAUUUGCGGGUUUACAAUUGUCACUAUAACAUCAUUUACAGAGCUGCAGCUUUUUCUUUUUUGUUUUUUUAGCCGUUUACUACUUGCCAGCGUAACAGUUCUGUAACUAAUUUACCAUCAAAGUGAGGUUUUUCAUGGUUUGCCACGUUUCUCAAAUUGCAUUUGCUUAUUCACGGGGUACUGUAAACCGUAUCCGAGAGCUCAUAAAGGAAAAUGAAAUGCAUUCUCUUCUGUGCACUGACACAUACUCUGUACAUGCACUGAUUUGGACUCAAAACACCUGGGAGGAAACCAAUAUUUGUACAGUAGCAUGUCACUAAAUCUCUCUGUUGUGGAUGUACAUAGUCAUUCACAUUUCACAUCAACAGUACUCAUUUUUUUGUGCAUUGUGAGUUUUGUUGCCAUUAACAGUUUUACAUUAAUUUUAGGUUACAAUGAUAGCUGCUGUCGAGUGUGUUUUUCAUUGAUGGUUGCGUAAUGUUUAUUUUGGUUCGCAUGCCCUAAAACAGGGUUCUUAAUUCACCCCAGGACUUUUUUGAGACUGACAUGAGGAUGUUGUCUUGAAUGUCUGCCAGCGUCAUUCUUAUGCAUUAUUAUUAUUAUAAUAAGCGAUGCCUGAUUACUUGUCUGUAUGCCGAUGUCAUGCAAGCUUUUCCCCCACUCCGUCAACAGUGGAAAUAUUCCUGCCAUUGUUGUAAUCCAUUAUGAAAUGGUUGUGAUAUCGUCCUCGUAACACUGACAGGUCAUACGUGGCAUUCUUCAUGCCUGCCAUGCCUAUGAAGCAGAUGGUAAUCACAUUUGUUUUGGUGUCACUUAAUAAACCUUGCCAAUAACCAUACACGCUUCUGUAGUAUUCCUGCUGUGUGAAAGACAUUAAACGUGUGGCAGAGCUCAGGGAAGAACUAUAUAUGAAGGGACCAGUUCCGAGAUGAAACGUUACUCCUUAUCAAU